AUGGCUUUCAAUAGUUCUCGCUUGGAGUCUUUCCGGCCGUGGAACCCUUUCCAAGAUAAAGUGCAGCCUUCGCGAAAUUCGCUCGAUAUUUGUCGAUAUCCAACUCCUAUCUCGAUCACCGCCACCUCACCUCUCUCUGAUUCCAGCAACUCGGCUUCAGAGAACAUAGAUGUUCACUCUCAUAAAUCUGUGCGACACCCCCUUCCUCCCCGACCGCCGUCGGAGGUUUGCUUGAGAGAUAGCCCACCACAGGAGACAGAUCCUCAGCACCAGUCCGAUGUGGAGGAUCAGACAUCAUGCGUUAACCCCGAAAUUGAUGCGCUCGAAUUCGACGACAUCUUGCAAAUGCAGGAUUUACCAAGCUCUGGAGACGAGGACCAUCCGAUGGUCUGUCAUGAUCUAGGCUUGGAGUCUCAGUACUCGCUCGGCUUUGGACCGUACUAUUCAGAGCGCGCUUGCACUACCAGUCAGCGCUCUCAUGUUGGCAAUGCUGGAACUUCUGGUCUCGCCCGCGAGUGUUCCGACGCAACAAUUGAUCCGGCGAUUCUGGACGACUAUCAUUCCCCAGAUAUUGAGCAGAACCCCACAAGAAAUGAGACCUCGGACGUUGUGUCCCCUUAUUCUCUGCCAGAUAAAAGGGUUCGUGAUCCCAGCUUGCGAUCAUCUUCGCAAAGGGCGACGAACCCUCGGCGGCAGCGCUCCAAAGUCAGCAAGGUUGCCGUCGUCGUGGCCAAUCGCCACAUGAACAGGACUGGCCGAAGAACCCGAGCAAAAAGCCCCCCUGGAACUUCGUUCUCUGCUCUUCUUGAUCAAUUCUCUUCUCUACCGGUCGAAGAGCGACUCCAAUUUUUAUCCUGGCUAUUUGAGGGUGCCUUGUCGCAAUGCCUUCAUUUGCCCUCUGAUCCGAAAUCUGCAUCAGUAUCGAAGGGCAUCGAGAGAGAAGAAGUAGUCACGGCUUCAUUGGCUGAACAAUCAAGCGUAGGCGAUGAAAAUGCCCACGGAAAGCCUACUUGCUCUUCAAGAAAAGGAUUGCGCUGGUCACUAGAAGAGAAACGCCUUUUGGUGCAGCUGAGAGAGGAAGAAUCUCUCCCCUGGUCGGAAGUGGUUACGCGAUUCCUUCAAAGGUUUCCUGGGAGGAGUGAAGGUUCCAUACAGGUCUAUUGGAGCACGACGAUAAAAAAACAGCGAUCAUCUUAG